CAAGACAGUAUCCUUUUAACUCUUGGCAUGGAUCGUUCAAGUGGAUAUAACGAUUUCGAAUGGGCGAUUAGUGUAAAUCGGUUUAUGCUAAAAAUCGUCGGUUUGUGGCCGCCAGAUCAGGAUUCGCGACAAAUCGUAGGACUGAAACUUCGACAGCUGUGCAGUUUCAUCACGAUACUUUUCGUAGUCACGAUACCGAAUUUAAUAUCAUUGAUAAGAGUAUGGGGUGACAUGAUACUAAUAGUAGAUAAUAUGCAUAUUAGUCUAUCUCUGUCGAUUACGAUUUUGAAAGUCUUCAUUAUUUUGUACAAACAAAAAGUUUUAUCCCCUCUAAUUGAUAUGAUUGAAGAAGAUUGGAUGAAGGUAAAGAUUAAAGAGGAACGAGACGUUAUGCUGAGAUGCGCCAGAAUUAUUCGCCCGAUCGCUAUGUGCGGAUUCUUCAUGAUAGUUUUUGCAUUAAUCAUUAUGUUUGGUUUACCGUGUUUCGAAGUGACAAGAAAUUAUGUGACCAAUUCAACCUACUCUAGAAAACAUUUACCGUUACCAACAUACUACCUGCACGACGUGACUAAGAGUCCACAGUACGAGCUAACGCUACUGGCGCAAAUUUUCGCAAUGUUCUUAUGUGGCAUCUCUUAUUCUGGGAUCGACAAUUUGUUUGGACUAUUAGUUUUUCACGUAUGCGGUCAAUUAGAAAAUUUACAUUUACGGUUAACACAUAUGAAGAAGUACCCCAAUUAUAAUGAUGUUUUAAAAUAUAAUGUCCAUGAUCACAUUCGUUUGAUGAGAUCUAUCGAAAUGAUUAACGAUACUUUCAAUUUAAUUCUACUUGGCCUGGUAUUUUACUUUGCUAUACUAUUUUGUCUACAAGGAUUUCUCAUAGUUAAUGUUAUGAUUCAAAAAUACCAAUUAUCAAUUAACCAAUUAGGUUGGUUUAUCAUAGGGAUUGUAUCUCUUUUUUUACACAUGUGUCUUUAUUGUGCUGUUGGUGAAAUUCUAGCGACACAGGUGAGUGAAAGAAUAUAA